UGGUUUCGUCCCCGUAUGGAUCUGGUCGGAGUGUCAUUGCCAGAACCCGGGCCUGCAGCAGCCUGGAGACCCAACAAGUGUCCAUGGGCUACUCCUCAAAAGACAAUAUCCUGUUCUUUGGCUGAUGUCAUGAGUGAGCAGUUGGCUAAAGAGUUGCAAUUAGAAGAAGAAGCUGCUGCUUUUCCUAAAGUUGCUGUUGCUGAAGGACCAUUUCUUACUGGAGAAAACACUGAUACUUCUAGCGACCAGAUGCUACAAAUGGAAUUUGACAGAGAAUAUGAUGCACAGCUUAGGCGUGAAGAAAAAAAAUUCAAUGGCUAUAGCAAAGUUUCCAUUUCCUUUGAAAAUUAUCGAAAAGUGCAUCCCUAAGACAGUGAUAGCUCUGAAGAUGAGGAUGACUGGCAGGAUACUCGAGAUGAUCCCUAUAGACCAGCAAAACCAAUUCCUACUCCCAAAAAGGGUUUUAUUGGAAAAGGAAAAGACAUCACCACCAAACAUGAUGAAGUAGUAUGUGGGAGAAAGAAUACAGCCAGAAUGGAACAUUUUGUACCUGGGUUUCAGGUAGGAGAUGGAAUUGGAAUGGAUUUAAAACUAUCAAACCAUGUUUUCAAUGCUUUAAAACAACAUGCCUACUCAGAAGAACGUCGAAGUGCCCGCCUCCACAAGAAAAAAGAACACUCUACUGCAGAAAAAGCAGUUGAUCCUAAGACACGCUUACUUAUGUAUAAAAUGGUCAAAUCGGGAAUGUUGGAGACCAUCACUGGUUGCAUCAGCACCGGGAAGGAAUCUGUUGUCUUUCAUGCUUAUGGAGGGAGCAUGGAAGAUGAAAAAGAAUAUAGUAAAUUUUUACCUACAGAAUGUGCCAUCAAGGUAUUUAAAACAACCCUUAAUGAGUUUAAGAACCGUGACAAAUAUAUUAAAGACGAUUUCAGGUUUAAAGAUCGCUUCAGUAAACUAAAUCCAAGUAAGAUCAUCCGAAUGUGGGCAGAAAAGGAAAUGCACAACCUCACCAGAAUGCAGUAAGCUGGAAUUCCUUGCCCGGCAGUUGUGCUGCUCAAGAAACACAUUUUAGUCAUGUCUUUCAUUGGCCAUGAUCAAGUUCCAGCCCCUAAACUGAAAGAAGUAAAGCUCAGUAAUGAAGAAAUGACAGAAGCCUACUAUCAAACUGUUCACCUGAUGCAGCAGUUAUAUAAUAUACUAAUGCACCUCAGUGAAUAUAACAUGCUGUGGCAUGCUGGGAAGGUUUGGUUGAUUGAUGUCAGUCAGUCUGUAGAACCAACCCAUCCUCAUGGCCUGGAGUUCUUGUUCCGUGACUGUAGGAAUGUCUCACAGUUUUUCCAGAAGGGCGGAGUAAAGGAAGCACUUAAUGAACGGGAGCUCUUCAAUGUUGUGACUGGUUUAAACAUCUCAGCAGACAACGAGGCUGACUUCUUGGCUGAGAUAGAAGCUUUGGAGAAAAUGAAUGAAGAUCAUGUUCAGAAGAAUGGAAGGAAAGCUGCUUCAUUUUUGAAAGACGACGAAGGUCCUCCAGUCCCACACGAUGAAUAGCCCAGAUACCCGCUGCUCUCAGUGGUGACCCAGCGGCAACUGCCAGCUGCUAACGCCUAAUGAAGUUACGGGCAACGUGAGACCCCAACACGAGGAGUGUACAAUGGUGCUUCUGUGCUUUCCCCCGGUAUCCCUGCGCCAGAUGUGUGCAAUUUUUAGCUCGGCAUUGAGAGAAUAAAAUGUCACUACCUCUCA